AUGCCAAGGCCCAAUUUCAUGGCUGUGACAGAGUUUACAUUUGAGGGUUUCUCCAUUUUUGAGUGGCAUCACAGAUACAUCCUCUUUGUGGUCUUUUUGGUCUUGUACCUUUUGACCCUUGCCAGCAAUGCUAUCAUCUUGACAGUUAUCCGCCUUAACCAUCAAUUUCACACACCCAUGUAUUUCUUCCUGAGUAUGCUGUCUAUUUCUGAGACCUGUUAUACUGUGGCCAUCAUCCCCCAAAUGCUGUCCAGUGUCCUCAGUCCUCAACAAACCAUCUCCAUCCCAGGCUGUGCCACUCAGUUCUUUUUCUAUCUCACUUUUGGUGUCAAUAACUGUUUCCUGCUCAUGGUCAUGGGGUAUGAUCACUAUGUGGUCAUCUGUAAGCCCCUAUGGUAUUCGGUCAUCAUGGGCAAAAAGGCUUGUAUACAACUGGCAAGUGGAUCCUGGAGCAUUGGCCUGAGUACAGCUAUCAUUCAGGUGUCUUCUGUGUUCAGCCUUCCCUUCUGUGAUGCUAAUCUCAUCUCCCACUUCUUUUGUGAUAUCGGUCUAAUGAAGUUCGCCUGUGCAGACACUACUAUCAAGGAAUUUAUUACUUUGCUCAUCAGUCUCCGUGCCCUUGUUCUGCCCAUGGUCUUGAUCUUAGUCUCCUAUGUCCUAACUGUCACCACCAUCCUCAAGAUUGUAUCAGCUGAGGGCCGGAGAAAGGCCUUUGCUACUUGUGCCUCACACCUCACAGUGGUCAUUGUCCACUAUGACUGUACCUCUUUCAUCUACUUAAAACCCAAAUCCCAAAAUUCCCUGCAGGACAGACUUAUCUCUGUGACAUACACUGUUUUUACUCCUCUGCUGAACGCUGUUGUAUACAGCCUGAGGAACAAAGAGGUCAAGGAUGCCUUGCUCAGAGCUUUGGGCAGAAAGCCUCUCUCUUAG